GAGAGAGAGAGAGAGAGAGGCGGGGAUCGUCGGCGCAAGGCAAAACGGAAAAUCCGUCUUCGACAAUAAGAAUCAAGAUCAUUCACCGUAUCUAUCUGUAGCUGAAUACAGACGCGUUCGGUGCGCCGAUUUCAUAUCCAAGGGGGAAAACAAAACGAUUUUAAAGGCAACUCGGGUGGAAACGAGAUGUUUUUGGUUUAAGCGCUUGAAGUGGAACUUGGGUAGCCGAAGUCUUGGGCGUAUUUCCACUUUUGUUCGAUACGGUCGAAUUGAAAACCAACCGACGUUGAGCGCAUCAAAUCUCCCCCGAGCGCCCGGUGCUGAUGAGGGCUUUGUCGGUGUGAUCGGUGCGCGAUGGCCGCUUCGGGCGGACAGAAGAGUGAGAAGUUAGAUGAAGCUCAGGCUUUAGCCAGGAGUUGCGCAGGACGACCGGACUUUCUGCCCUGCGAUGGACUAUCCAUCUGCGCCACACACAGCCACGGGAAAUGUUUCAAGCUGCACUGGUGCUGUCAUCUGGGUUGGUGCCACUGCUCUCAGGCGGAACCAGUGUUGUUUAAAAUGGAACGACAAGGAUCCUCCUGGGAACUUGACUGACACUUGUCCUACUUGUAAAUACGUCUACCAACCUAUGACCAGCGUAUGCCAACUUCCCAGCACAGCGGUUCCAGUCGCUCCCUCAGGUCAUACGCACACUAUGAACUUGUCCAUCUCGCUGGCUGAACGUUUUCUCAGGACAGCUCCCAAGUUCCAGGCUCCACCCUGCCCUGAGUCUCCCAAGUUCUGUGUCAUCUCUGACCUCUUUGUGGAUGAUUACAUGGUCAAGCGUAUUAAUGGUAAAAUGUGUUACGUGCAAAGGCCUCCCCCGCCUACACCAAAUCCCACACACCAACCUCAAACGGCGGCACCUCAGCCUGUGCCCCAACGUUCCAAAAACAGUCAUCAAGUGGGCCCAACUGUUAAACAAGGCCAAGCAAAGGAGAAGAUCUCAGCCCCUAAAAUGGACCACUGCUCCUCUCCCUCCAGCUCAGAGGACUCUGGAAUCAAUGCAUUGGGUUUGCACUACAUGGAAUCAUGCGACGAGGACUCUUGUGUAGAUGACGAUGACGAGGAAGAAGAGGACGAUGAGCUGAGUACUGAUGGAAACUCCAGCCCAGGUAGCUUCUGGGACCAGGACGAGUGCACUUUACUAUCACCAUCUAAAUCAAUCGUUGAGAUCAUUGAGAAGAUUGAGACUACAGUUUGAUGCACCUGUCAGUCAAUAGCACAAAUGGAAUUCCUCAGUCACAGAAACACUUCCCUUCACCAUCCUGUCUGCAGGUGCAUGAGUUCAAUGAGCCAGUGCAAGCACACACUCCUUGUUAUGGCAAUGCAAUUCGAGGUUGUCCCAGAAAAACCCUCGAGAGAUGAGUCACAAGGACUUCUCUCCUGUACUUACUACAGCUCUCAUUUUCCCUAUAGUCCCUUACGCAUGGUGAGGCUAAUGUAGGUUACACGCAUUUAAGUGCGCUGACAUACACAUAUCGUGAGAACUAUGACCAAACGGGACACAAAACUUGAUAGAAUAUUUCAUGGCUGAACAGAUAUAUCAAAGUCAAGCUCAAAAAACUGAGGGUACCCAGGAUAUGUCUCUCCCCAGAGGGCUCUGUCCAUUGCAUAUAAGCGGAAGAAGAAAUGGCUGAUGCAAUAUAGAGAGAUCUAGACCAAGACAGUCUGUGUGUGUUAGGAGGAUGGAGAGAGCAACAAAGAUAGGAGAAAAAAAUUGAAGUAGGGAGGCUUUCAACAUCCUGUUAGCAGGAUUAGUCAGAACAGUGGCUAAAUCAUGCAUGAGCUCAGAGGAUGGUAAUGAAACCUUGCGAUGAAACGAGAUUGAAGCUCUGUGCUAGAGGGAAUGCCCCUUCACUCACACUCUCUCACACACACAAAUUCCUCAGAGGCGCAGCCAAGGGUGCAUUACCAGACGUUUCUUGUCUGGCACCAGUCUAUUUGGGGAGAACCAAUUCUCCCAUCCUCAUCGUUCUUUGUGGCUUCCUUAAGAGUGGAAUACAACUUUUUGACAAUCAGUUAUAGAAAAAAUAGUUUAUCUUAGGUUUAGAAUAACAGUUAAGAGAAAAAGGUAAAAUUGUCUUUCGUUUUCCAGGAACAUCACAGCAAAAGCGCCUAUCCUACUUUGAAGGGUCUGUCGUUACUUUGACAAAAGCCAGAAAAUGCUCAAGGGCCAUUCAAACAAACUGUGUACUUGUCUCCAUCUAAACUAGUUUUCUAAUGUUAGUUUGCGACUAUGUUCCUGUAGGCACACCAAUAGAACACACAUUUUGGAUGUCUUUAUCUAUCCAUCGAUUUCUGUUCUUGGGCUGUUUCUCAAUAUGCGUGUUCAAUGUGUUCUCAUCCAACAUAGGCAUGGGCCUGUUAAUGUUUCUGGUGGUAUGAUAACCUUGGAUAAAAAUAUCAGUUUCAGAGUAUUGUGAUUACUGCUCUAGAAUAUAUAAAAUAUUUUAAAUGUCUGGGAAAAAACAAAAACUUUUUUAAACAGUAUAUUUUAUUUUUAUUUCUUACAUAAACCUUAGGUACCCUGCAGGCGCAGGACGUCAUUAUGACGUUAUACUGACGGUUUACCCUAAUGCACCCCAAUGUCAUGAGGAUGAUGGAUUUUGUUCGGAAAUGAAAAUCGGGUUGACGUCAGAACCCAACGUCAGGCAUACGUCAAUGUCCAACGUCCAACCUAAAAUCAACCAAAUGUAUAAUCAUGUUACACCUUGACGUUGUGUGGACCUUACCACAAUGACAUCUAUCAGAUGUUGGAUUUUGGUCACUUUCCAAUACAACCUAAAAUCAACCAAAUACAAACUUAAUUUGAUGUUUUUAUUGCACGUUAAAAUGGAGAAUUUUGGUCACCCGAUGUCAUGAUCUAAAACUAACCUAAUAUUAAGGUCUUAUGAUGUUGUGCCUGCUGGGAAUGCUAUAACAGAUAAUUUUGGCUGUUUUAAAACCUUGACUUUACCAAACCACGUUAUACCUUGAAAAAUUAUCAUCGCAUGCAUAAUCCACCGUCACCAUCAAUCUCCAAAGUUGGAUGCAUUAAAGAAUCCAGAUGAAAUUGAAGAUGCAUCGAAGAGUUAUUGCAGCUAUAUAAAAGAAGAGGAAAGCUCCAAAUUUUAUAUUCAAUAUUAUUUAAAGUUUAGAUAUAUAACUUGUUUAUCUCAGGAGCUUCUUUAAAUGAGAUGAAGUAAACUUUCAGAUGAAAAUUUAAAUAAAGGCAUAAACACAUGGAAAGGUGUUUAUUUACUGCUUUUUGCAAAGUAACUUUGUAAUGGUUUUGUACAUGUUAUAUAUUAAAAACAAAAACAAAUAGAACAGAUCAGUGUAUGAAUGUUUAAUCAUUUUCAGUGAAAACGUAAAGCUCAUGUAACCAUCAGGAAGACUGCAGCAUCCCAUUCCUCACAGCAUGUGUAUUUAUGAUCUUUUUUCUUCCAAGGUAACUCAACAAGACCUGUCUUCACGAGAACGCGAGUCCAAUCACAGUGUUCAUGGUAUUGAGAAACAGCCUUGUAGUCUUGAAUACCACGCAGAUUAAUUAAAUCAGCUGUAUUUAAUUAGUUUAAUAAUAUUUGGUAUUGAUGUGUAUCCAAUGCAUUGUUGGGAAACAUUGUUAUAAACAGAUUUAUUUUGACCCUUGCAGCACAUCUUGCUGGUUUUCAACAUUUUAGGCCACAAAUUGCCUAUUCAUUCUACAUCAGGUGAUGACUGUUUUAAACACAGAGCUUAUAAGAAUUAGGCAGGAUCGAAACAAUUACAUUUGGACAAGUGUUUUGAGUGUUUACACUAGUAAAUCAUAAUGCAGUAGUAAUUAACAUUUUUGCAGUUUGAAAUUGCAUUCUAGCUAUAUGUUUUUUGAGCUGAUGCAUAUCUAGAGAAGCAAACCCAUUAAACUGGUGUUACUACAGAAAUGCUAUAAACCAUCCAGGUCAGUUCUGUUGCCCUUGUCUAGUUGUAUUUAAUGCAAGAGUGCACUGUGCAUGAAGGGCCCCUUAGUGUCAUUGAAAAUACAUCUUUGAGAUCUUCACUGGAUGCAACAGUUUCAGUUUUUUUAAAGGUUCAAGAAUAUUUGCCCCAUUUGACUUGAUGCAGCAUCUACAGUACUUAUUUUAUCCAAAUUAAUUUUAUUCUAUUAUGUCUAUGAAUGGUAGCUCGAAAUAACCAAGCACAGUUACAGACUGCCCUUGAAUGAGAAAAAGACCUGUGUGUCAAGAAGUACUACUUUUUUCCUGGUUUAUCAAGCACAUGAAACUCCUCAAGUGUGUUUUUAAAAUCUUUGUUUAGGCUUCAGCCAUGUUGGAUUCUUAGCAUCCACAUGGUGAGGUGGAAUACAGACCUAAAUGAAAUAUCAAAAUUGCACAAUAUUCAUACAUCAAUGUUUUGCUUCAUUUUUGUAAAAUGAAUACAACUUUGUUAACCAAAAAUAAAAGUUAUGACAGAGAAUUAGCUAAUUAAAGGUCUAUGAGCUGAGACUGCCAAGAAUGUACUGACUGGAUGAAAACCAAGUGAACCGAUUUGAUAAUCCAACUCAGUUUAUUUCAAGUAAUGGCUCAAAGUUAUUACACUGGCUUAAGGGUUGCCAAACCCAUGUAAUAUAUAAGCACAUAUGUAACUUCACUGCCUGGAUAAAAAUAUAAAUUUUUGAAUUAUGCAGACGGAAACUCUGAUAAUCACUGAAGGGCCAUGAUUGAUUAGAGAAUGAAUGAAGGAGUGUGACUAUCCUGUCCCUGCAGUUUCAUAUCAGGGACUGAUACUGUAGCUAAAAAUGUAUACUGUAUUAUACAAAGGUUUAUCAGAUAUUUAAAUAUACCCCUUUUCUCUUUUUUUUUCUUAUAUCAAUUACUGUAACUCACCUCUUAUUUUUUUCUUAUAAAGAACUAUACAAAAUAA